AUGGCUUUCGCUGCCGAGCCGGCCAUUGCUCGUGUGCUCGCCACUCUCGAGGCGCAGUGCGAGUCACUGCGUGAGCAGGUGGCGCGCCACCCGGACCGCGCGAAUCGCAAUCUCCUCGAGCGCCUGCGUGAGCUCGAAGCGAGGACGGAGGAGGCGCGGCCCGCGGCAAACGCGGCGAGAGAGAUCCAGGGUGCGGGUUUUGUGGUGAUGCGGCGCGAAGUGCUCUGCCGCGGCAGCCAGUGGCGUGUGCCGGAGCCCAUCAUCUCGCCCAUCAUCGCCCACUCGACGGCGAGUGCCUGCGCCUCGUACGAGUGGGCGCCGUCGCAGGAGCUGCUGGUGUACAGCCCGAUCCUUGCCAACGCAUGGCCGGCCUCGCUUCGCGAGCCCGCCUCCAGCCUCGAGCCCGCCUCCGCCUACAACAGCAGCUCGGAUGAGGACAGUGAGGAGCUCCCAAGAGGCCUGUCGGAGCUCCCGGCGCCGCACCGCAAACCCAUGUGGAGCGGAGGGGCUGGACGGCGGGCGCGAGCGAGGCCAGAGUGGAAGCCGUGGGCGGCGGGCUUCCGAGCGCCGCCGCCGGCGCCGCGGGGCGACGGCGGGAGGCGGCUGCUCACGGCGCCGGACAGGCCGGCCGAGGUGCUCGAGGCUGAGAGGCCGGCGCACCUCGCCGGAAGCGAG